CCUCCUCCUCCUCCUCCUCCUCCACCCGCAGAUCGCCGAACAAACCACCCGGUUCUUGGUCAUCAUGCUCACCAUCGGAGUCGAACGUGUGCAUAAUGUUCUGCAAACUCGAUGCUGCGGCAGCAGCCCCGGUCAUUAUGGACUCCUCAUCCAUGUUGGGCGUGGCCUUCUCGUCGGCGCGGCCUUCUCGUGAGUGUGUGUAUGUGUUCGUGUGUUCUUGUGUUGUUGGGGGUGUUUGUGUGCGUUGGCGGCGUAUGUGCCGAAAACGCGGCGCUGCUUGCCUUUUCCGCCGCCCAAACAUUUUCGCGACCUGCCCCAUUUCAAAAUGUUUGUCAAACAUUUGGUCAACCGAGCGACUUUUUCCCCAUUUAAAAAUCUUUGAGAAUAUUUUGCCGAAGAUUUACUCCCAUAAAAAGUGAAACAAAACUUUUAUCCGCAAAUGUUUGAAAAAUUAGACAUUUUUCAAAGAUUUGGUGACCA